GCUGAAGUGACACAUGAAACCAAUAAUAAUGAACUAUCAAAUCAUUAUCAAUACAUUAAUUUUUUUGAUUGCUCAUAUUCUUGCUCAUAUUCUCAAGGCUGUCAAAGGAGCCUUGAGAAUAAGUGAACAUAAGCCAUUGACUGGGAAUUUUGUAUUGACAACUGCUGUGAAGAGGAGCUUCGAGAUGGUUUUGAUGGCAGCCAGUCAAAAAUGGCCUGUACUACUUUAUGGCCCUGCUGGUUCUGGAAAAACUGCAUUGAUUAAUGAUUUAGCACUUAAAAGUGGAAGUAGAGCUGUUGAGUCGAAGCAGCUGAUUUAUUUUAUUCGAGGCUGGUUUGAUACUCCUAAAGUUUUGUUCAAUGUAUUAGCACUCAAGUUGGCAUCCUUCAUUGAUUAAACAUUUCUAUUAGGCCGCUGUGUUGG